CUCGCCACGCCAGCGCGCGUACGCUAAACCUGAGAGAGCAAGCCCAACUUAAUAGGUCGCCCGGGAGAGCUUCUCAAAAACCGACUGUGGACGUGUCUCGUCUUCUCACUUUGUCGACGUGUAGAUCAAGGCUCAGCGCAACGCAGCCGGUUCUCGCGACAUAACGCCUGAAGAUAACGCCUAGCUUGCUAUAAGAGCACGACUGGCCUAGGCGAACGAACGUCACGACCAACUAUAACGACGCUUCGAACGUCAUAGACGAGGAAAGAGAAGGAAAGGGCGGCGGCGGAAGACGAAGAAGAAGAAGAGGCCCGCCCAGCAUGAGGUCCUACAUUCCUCGGACGGCCACGCUCUCGUGGUCGCCAGCCGAUCUGACUUCAUUUGCCGAGCCUCUCAUUGCCACGGGCACUGUCUCGGGCGCCCUCGACGAGAGCUUCAGCAACGAGAGCGUCCUCGAGAUCUGGAAGCCAGACUACGGUGACCAGAGCAAUGCCAGCGAAGUGGGCAAGCCGAUUGGAAGCGUAUCGGCCAGCGCUAGAUUCAACCGCCUGUCCUGGGGCAGUGUCAGCCCGUCGAGGCCCCAGGGUCUGCUCGCAGCCGGUCUCGAGAGCGGCGAACUCAACAUCUGGGACGCGCAAAAGGUCCUCGAUGGCUCCCCCGACUCCAAGGUCAUCUCCAACACGCUGCACACAGGUCCCGUCCGAGGCUUGCAUUUCAACCCGAAGCAGUCCAACCUUUUGGCCAGCGGCGGUGUGAGCGGAGAGGUCUUUAUCUGGAACAUGGAGACACCCACAAAGCCCUACUCGCCGGGUGCCAAAUCGACCAAGCUCGAUGAGAUUACAUCGCUGAGCUGGAACAACCAGGUGCCGCAUAUCUUGGCCACGUCGAGCACCUCGGGCUACACCGUCGUCUGGGAUCUCUUGAACAAGCGAGAGGUCACCGCUCUGGCCUAUGGUGGUGGAGCUGGUACAGCCGGCGGUGGGUUGGGAAGCAGCAUGAAUGGCAUGGCGCUUGCUGCAGGAGGAAGACGGGGAAUGGGCGCCGUUUGCUGGCAUCCAGACACACCUACCCGAUUGGUGACGGCGAGCGACGACGAUGCCUCGCCCAUCAUCAUGCUCUGGGAUCUCCGCAAUGCUCGUGCGCCUGAAAAGAUUCUCACGGGUCACGACAAGGGCGUCCUUUCAUUGUCGUGGUGCAAGCAAGAUUCAGACCUGCUCCUUUCGUGCGGCAAGGACAACCGGACUAUCUGCUGGAACCCGCAGACGAGUGAGAUCGUGGGCGAACUCCCCUCAAGCCAGAAUUGGAGCUUCGAUGUGCAGUGGUGCCCCAAGAACCCUGACCUCUUGGCGACCGCGAGCUUCGAUGGAAAGAUUGGUGUGCACUCUCUUCAAGCUACCAAUGUGCCAGAGGCCACGGGUGAGGCGUCCGCUACUCAGGGCGCAGCCGAUGGUAGCGACAUCUUCAACCUCCCCGCACAGACCGAGGCUGGUUCGAGGGGUCUCUCUCUCAAGCAACCUCCCAAGUGGCUGCGAAAGCCCAUCAGUGCGACGUUCGGCUUUGGUGGUCAGCUUGUUUCGACAGUCAAUCUUCCCGGCAAGAAUGGUCAAACGCAGAGCUCCGUCGUCCACAUCCGCGAUGUUGUCUCAGAGCCUGGCAUUGCCGCCCGAGCCAAAAAGUUGCAGGAAGCGCUCGAGACGCAGACGUUGGCUGAGUUCUGCGACGAGAGGAGCAAGGACCCCAGCACCCGGUCCGACGAUGUGGCCAACUGGAAGGCGCUCCAGACGCUAUUCAGGGCCGACUCUCGCGACGAGCUCGUCACGCUUCUUGGCUUCUCGAAGGAGGACGUGGCUUCCAAGGUGGCUAACUCCAUUUCGACAUUCAAGAAGAGCGAGGGUGCGGUCGCGCCUGGCCUUAGUGCUCCUGGCACACCGAGUGUCAAGCCUGUUGUUGAGUCAGAAGUCGUUGCAGCGACAACAGAGUCCAGCGAGGUCGGAGCCGAGAGUGUGGCUACCGAGGCGGUCACGAGCGAAAUCAACGAAGCGAGCACGAAGGCGACAACAGCUGAGGCCGAUGGCGAACCUAGUCUCUUUGGCAACAGCAGCGAUGCUCAGGGUGGCGAUGCCGACUUCUUUAACUCAAUCUCGGCGGCCGAUGGUCCCGUCAAGUCCGCUCUUCCCGACAGAAUUCUGAGCAACGGGCCUUUUGCCUCUUCGGCUGCCGCGACUGCGGGGUCUCCAGGCCCCUCUUCGGUCACUUCUGACUCACUCAAGACAAACACAUUCCGAAUCUACCCCUCGGACGAAUCGGAUGCCGACAAGCUCAUUACCCGAGCCCUCGUACUUGGCGACUUUGAGUCGGCUGUCUCGCUCUGUGUCUCGGCAGACCGCUUCGCUGACGCACUCUUGCUCGCCGUGCGAGGAGGACAGGACCUGCUGGCAAGAACUCAGAAGGCCUACUUUGAGCGCCGAACCCCGUCGCUUCCUUACCUUCGACUCUUCCAGAGUAUCGUCAGCGAUGAUCUGACUGAUGUGGUGCAGAAUGCGGACCUCAAUGAGUGGCAAGAGAUUUUCGUCGUUCUCUGCACUUUCGCAAAGGCGGAAGAAUUUGCCAGCUUGGCCGAGCAGCUCGGUCAGAGGCUCGAGUACCAGUAUGAGCGUGCGAAGAGGGCGAGUAGCUCAAGCCAGGCCAAGCAGCAUCGCAAGGACGCGGUGUUAUGCUAUCUCGCCGCCGGCAAGCUCGAGAAGGUGGCUGGCAUGUGGAUUGACGAGAUGAAGGAAGAAGAGUUGGCGAUCCGGACCGGACAGAAGCAGGCCACCGACGGUCAGGACGGCAGCCUCUACACGGCCCACGCCGAGGCCUUGCAGACGUUCAUGGAGAAGAUCACCGUCUUCCAGAGCGCCGUCAACUAUGUCGACGUCGAUUUGGCUCAGCCUACUCAGGACGCGGAAGCGGCCGCGACGGGUGCUAGGACGUACAAGCUUGCCGCGCUGUACGACCGCAUCCACGAGUACGUGGAACUGCUGGCCAACCAAGGUCUUAUCGUGCCAGCUCUCAAGUACGUCCAACAGACGCCAUCCGACUACCAGGCUCAGACUGGUGAAAACAUUUCGGAUGCUACGACGGCGCGCGAGCGACUCGUCAAGGCCGAUGCGGCUCGCUUUGGAGGAAAGGGAGCGGCGGCAGCAGCUGCCCAAUAUCAGGCGUCGACGUCGGCAUUCGCUUCUUCCAACAAUGCCGCCGCCUCAAGCUCUGCAUACGCGCCUGCCUCGAACGCAUACGAUGCCUAUGGAGCUCCAGCAGCAGCAGCAACGAGCGGAAUCAAUGCAUACGCUCAACCCCAGCAGCAGUCACAACAGCAGCAGCCGUAUGGGGCUGCGAACACUGCAUACGAUCCGUACGGCACCUCAGCGUACGGGCUACAGCCGCAGCAGCAGCAGCAAGCGACGCAGCAGCCAGCGGUGCCUUCUGCUUACGCGCCCGCUCAACCCAUGGUGCCUGCCCCGCCACCGCCGAUCAUGGCACAGGCGCCGGCCAUCAACCCUCCCGCCGCUCCUGCCCCAGCGCCUCCUGCACCACCGCCAAAGCGAGACCAGGGUGGCUGGAAUGACAUUCCUACAGGCCUUGCCACUCCUCGUCGUACGCCGAGUGCGAUGAGCAACGCUAAAUCGGCGCCCAUCACCAGUCCAUUCCCCAAUGCGCCUGCUCCUCAGGCUCCCAACAUGUAUGGUCAAGGACCGCCGGGCGCCGCUGUUCCCCCUCCUCCGCGGGUACCAAGUCGAGGCGCAUUCAGCCCGCCCCCUGGAGCUGCUGGCAGCCAGUACGGACGGCCACCGCAAAUGCAAGCAGGCCCUCCUCGCCCGCCAAUGGGACCCCCAAGGGGAGGUAGCCAGGUGCGACCUCACCCUCCGCCUCAGCAGCAGCAGCAGCAGCAGCCACAGCAGCCACCUCAGCAGCAACAACAACAGCAGCCGCCGGCACCAGGACCAUAUGGGCCGCCUCCUGGCCAGGUGAAUGCUCCGCCGCCACCCGGACCCGGGUUCCAACAGCAGCAACAAAAUCUGCAGCAACCGCCGCCGUCCGGAUUCGCUCGACCACCGCCCGGACCACCUGGUCAGCCUGGUUUGAUGCAACCGCCAACGGGCCUGCCUGCGAGGUCGGCGACGCCAGGGGGAGGAGCUGGAGCUCCACCAAGGAGCCAGACACCUGCCAAGCCAGCGUCCAAGUACCCUCCGGGGGACCGGUCACACGUUCCUGAUGCUCAAAAGCCCAUCGUUGUCACACUCUCGCGCGAGCUUCAGAGGUUUAAGCAGACGACGCCACCCGCUCAAAAGCGGAUGGUAGAUGACAUCGACCGGCGGGUCAAUUUGCUCCUCGACAACCUCAACUGCGAAACCGUCGAUGCAAAGUUGAUUCCUAUCCUGCUCAACCUGUGCCAAGCCAUCGAUGCGAGGAAUCAACAAGCGGCCCUGAGCCUUCACCUUCAGAUCACAUCGUCUGCUUCGGGAGAGGUUGCCCAAGCUAUGGUGGGCGUCAAGCAGCUUAUCCAACGUAUGCAGCCGGCGUAAAGAUCUUGGACCUCUUCGCCGCGACUUCUAGAGUAGGACUUUUGCCUUUUCGCCCUCUGUCCACCUCGCUCUCCUCCCCAACCGUUCACCUCAUGGUCCUCUCUCGCCCUUUUGAUGUUAUCUCUCGUCAGAAAUGAAAAUUCAAUGUUGACUCGAGCUAUCGCACUCUUCCGAUUCAGAGACUCAAAGAAGCAAACUAUC